GUAAAAAUAGGACGGCGUUGCAGGCGGCGCAGGCACACGUUGGGCAUCAAAUGGGUAGAGGGGGUGGCAGCCCAGGCGCCACAGAGCUGUAUUUGAAUAGGAAAGAUGAGGCGCGAACGACAGGAAGGUGGGGAGGCCCAAGAGGUGAAGAGUAGCUGUUCCUCUAUCACCACCUGCUCUCUCUCUAUCUUUCCAUUUUCUUUUGCAAGACCGGUCGUUUUCUACCUAGAUCCCCCCGGUCGGCUUCCUCUGCUAGCAGGCCUCGGUCUCUGGAACAAUGCUUGGCAAGCAGCAGUCGAAGGGAUACGACCGCAUUCCUACCGAAGCUGAUGAGGACGAAAAGCCGUACGACGUCGACAUUGAGCCUGUGCACGAUGAUAACGACGAGCUCCUCCUCGCUGCUCGGGGAGCACAGCGGCACGGGCGUCAACCAAGAUGCACAUGGAUCAUCGACAAACGCUUUACAGUGCCCUUGAUCUGUCUCGUCGUGACCCUGGUGCUCUCGAUUCACUUCGACUGCCCCAGCACUCUCUACCUCUAUCUCGCCUACCUCUUUGUGGGCUUCCCAAUGGACAUCGCCUACGAGCUUUAUCCUCGUGCUACCAACACCGACAACGGCGGCGCAAAUGUGAGCAAGUCGAGGAGGAUCGGCAAGCUCAGGGCAGUGCACCUUGCGAAGCUGCUGGCGGCAUUCUCGAUUUGGUGCUGGGCGCUCGCCUCACCGCUGUUGGGGCUCACUCUUCAUCCAGGUCCCAUCGGGGACAGCCAGGUGGGGAUGCCUUCUUCCCUUUUACUGAAGCCUCUGGCGACGACGACAGCGACGAGGCCAACAACACCGACCCACCGACCUCAGGGGCCCAUCUUCCUCGCGGCAAACCUAUACAAUUCGGCGCACCUCUUUCCACGCUUUACUUCGAGCCUCCUCGACCUCAUCGAUACGCUGGGAGGGCCUUCCAACAUCUACGUGAGCCUGUACGAGUCCAACUCCGCCGACGGCGGCCAAAUGCAACACCACUUGGCCGAUCUCGACAGCGUCCUGGCGGCCCGCAACGUCUCGCGGAGGAUCCACUGGGGAGGCGACACGUUUCGCGAGGAGCGUGUCGGCAAGGAGGAUCGCAAGCGGGGGAGGAUCCGCUAUUUGGCCAAGGUCAGAAACGAGGCAUUGCGGCCGCUCGACGAGGGGCUGAGGGGUAUCGACGGGAGAGAUUUCACCAAGGUGCUUUGGCUGAAUGACAUCGUCUUUGAUGCACCCUCGAUCAUGACACUGCUCGAUACGAUGGGCGGUGCAUAUGACCUUGCAUGUGCUUUCGACUACAUCCCCCUUGGCCUCUACGAUACGUGGGUGACGCGCGACGUAGAGGGCUUCCGCACCAAGCCGCUGUGGCCCUACUUUGAACGACAGAGCGACGUGGAGAAGCUGCAGAGGGGCCAGCCGAUAUCAGUCAACAGCUGCUGGAACGGCGCGGCAGCCUUCGACGCCAAGUGGUUUGUUUUACCGGCGAACUCGUCUGGCGGAGCGCGCACAUCGACGAUCAGGUUCAGGACGUCUUCGAAGUGUCACUCGUCCGAGUGCCUCUUGGCUUCGCUUGACAUUCACAAGCACCACCGCAGCCUCGACCCGACCUCGAGGCCGCGCAUCUACAUGAACCCGCUCGUUUCGGUCGCAUACGAGGCGCGCAUCUACUUUCUCUACAACGGCCUCAUGAAGUGGACCAUUGUGCAGCCGUGGCACGUCGUGUGGGAGGGUUGGGUGUCCAGCUGGCUCUUCAAGCGCUGGACCGACGUGGGCAGAAAGGAACCGAGCUGCAGAGAGGCGUUCAAAGAUGACUGGGCACCCCCUCCUCCUCCUUAUUCAGAAGGAGAGGAAAGGACAGCCAUCAUCAAAGCGGCAAGCAGGUAGAAACCAAGUCGAGAUCUCUUUCUCUCUCGCUCACAUAUCCAGUAAUAUAGAGUUUCCAGUUUUGAGACCAUUGUUUUUGGGUGAUCUAUUACUGCUGUGCAAGCUCCCCU